CUCCUUUGUUUGGCUUCUUCAUUUCGACCAUGAUACUUUCCGCCUUCUAAGAACUCUCCGUAUAUAGCACAAGGUUAUUUUUUGCAACCUCAUCCAUCCGUCAUCACCCCACGACAAACCUUCAUCGUCCAAUCGUCAAGGCAUAAAAAGAGAGUGGCCACCUCGCCUACCUCCAUACUCUCUUCCUACCAGAUUACUAUAUCUGGUUACAGCGAGCUCCAUUAAACAAAUCACAAUGGACUUUCUCCCAGACUCCCUCCUCUCCCUAAUCCAACAACAUCCAACCUUCCAAACCCUCACCUCCACCCCCAUCGCCUCCCACCUCGCCUCCCUCCACACCACCUACCUAACCCCCUACAUCUCCCACUGCCGCUCCGCCUACCUCGACCCCUACCUCAUCCACCCGCUCGCCUCGCUCCUCACCUCCUCCAUGCCCAUGCCCGACCUCGUCUCCAUCUUCAUCCUCGCCCUCGUCCUCAUCAUCUCCCUCAAGAUCCUUGACUAUGCUCGCCGUCUCGUCAUGUUCUGGGUGAAUCUUGCCCUGAGGUUGCUGUGGUGGGCGCUUGUGCUGGGUGCUUUGUGGUAUGUGUAUUCGGUUGGGAUUGAGAAGACCGGGAGGGAUUUGGGGUGGCUUGUGGGUGUUGCGGGGGGGUUCGUGGAUGGGUUUAGGGAUGGGGUGGAGGGCGGGAGGGCUGUUACGGGGUCGUCUGGGGGUGUUGGG